AUGCCCCCCCGCACCAAACGCUGGAUCGACAAAAAGUCCUCCGAGACCUACCAGCUGCGCUACCGCUCGCAAGCCGACCCGCUCAUCCACGACUCUACCGCCCCCGACUUCGUCUUCACCCCCGUCGCCGCGCCCAACACCAAGAUCAAGAAUGCAACCCAACUCUCCACCGAGCUCGCGGCCUCCGGCGCCGCCCCGCCGCGCAAGAACGAGGGCGAGGCCGCAAUGUACGGCAUCUACUACGACGACAGCGCCUACGACUACAUGCAGCACCUGCGCGAGCCGGGCGCCGCCGAGGCCGUCGUCAUCGACGCAAAGGCGCCCAAGGCCAAGGGCAAGACGGACCUUGCCGCCGCCCUAGCAGCGGGCGCGGAGGAGCAAGAGCCGAAGAGGCUGAUCCCGAAGGAGCUGAUGGCGAGUGAGGUGCAGCUGCAGCGGACGUGGAGGGACCAGCAGGAGGUGCAGGAUGAGAUCCGCGGGUUCCGGCCGGACAUGGAUCCGCGGCUGAGGGAGGUGCUGGAGGCGCUCGAGGACGAGGCGUAUGUUGAUGAUGAUGAGGAUAUCUUUGGGGAGCUGGCGGAGGGCGGGGAGGCGAUGCCGGAUGAGUUUUAUGAUGGUGAGGACUUCUGGGAUGAGGAGGAGGAGGAGGAUGGUGGGUGGGAGUCGGAUGCGACUGAGAAGCCUGGAGAGCACCAGAAGGCGAAAGCCAUUGAGGAAGGUGCCGCUGGAGAGAAGAAAGCGGAGGUGAAAGAGACAGACGAGAAGGCGAGGGAAGGGGAUGCUCCCGCUGCUGCUGCUGCACCCGCCGACGACAACGCCUGGAUGAGCGAGUUCUCGAAAUUCAAAAAGGCCGAGAAGCGCAACAAGAAGAUGGCGGGCGCCGACGACGCCUCCUCCAUGGCCGACACAAUGUCGUUCGGUGGCACCUCGUCCUUCGGCGGCACAAUGUCCAUGUCGGGGCGGACCCGGCGGCGGCACAGAAAAGCUGGCACUGAGAGCUCAGGGUACUCCAUGACCAGCUCUUCCCUCUUCCGCACGGAGGGGCUUACUACGCUGGAUGCCCGGUUCGAUAAGAUCGAAGAAGAAUACGCCGAAGACUCCGAAGAAGAAGACGAAGCGCCCGCCGCCCCCGUGCCCGAGACGCGCCAGGACUUCAACAACAUCAUGGACGAGUUCCUAGAAGGCUACAACGUCGUCGGCCGCAACAACCCGCGCGUGCGCAAGGGGAAGACGCUCACGGGGCUUGAGCAGCUCGACGAGAUCCGCCAGGGGCUGGGCAAGGCGCGGAUCGGUGAGAAGCCGGCGAAGAGGUCUUCGAGGGUUAGGUAG